UUGUAUCAAUAAGAAAUUUUUAUUAUCUAUUCUCUUUUUAUUAUGUAUAUUGUAUUAUUUGUUUUAUAUUUUUUUCUAUCCAAAUGAUGAUAUAUUUUCCAUUUGUAUGGUAUUUUAUAUGUCAUUUUUUAACAGAACUCAAACUUCCACAAAUCAAAAUCAAAAUUGCAAUUUCAAAGAUAACACUUCAUCCAUUUAAUCCAACUUUUAAAAAAAUGGCCAAGGCUCAAAAAAUUUGCCAUAAAGAAAUGCGCGGAUUUCGAUCAUCCAAUUGUUACUCUAAUCGCAUAAAUAAAGAUAAGAUCGACAGGAUUAAACGAGCGAAAGACAUUAUACAAGACCUGGAACGCCAUGGGCCAGCUGGUUUAAUACAUAUUGGUGUCUUAAGUAAUAUAAUUGGAAAACCCAUCCAGAUAUGGAACCCUAACGGUAGUUUAAAUAGUAUCAUUGGUAAAGAAAAAACGGGACAUCCCAUAGACAUCGAGUAUCAUGCAAUCAAUUCAGAACAGAUCGGUCAGUUCUUAGCUAAAGAAAAUAAAAAUAAAAAAAUAUGGAGAAAAGCAUUCCGCGCAAUCAAGACUUUCGAAAACCGAUAUUUCACUCUUGUUUAUAAUCCUCUAUCCAAUUCCUAUCCCAUCCACUUCCUUAAUCCUUCUUUAGGCCAUUGGACCCUGAAAUACGGGAAAGAUCCCGAUAACAUUUCUAUCGAUUUGAAUAGCUGUCUCUUUUCGGUGAUCGGCUCUCAAAUCGAGCGAAAUCCAUCACAACUUCGUAAAUGGACGGUGCUAAAGCUAAAGCACAAAUUUCGCAAGUUGAUCAAUCUGAUAGACAAAAUCCUAAAAUUGGAGAAAAAUGGCGAGAUAAUCUUGAUGAUUGGUGGGGCUCGUUAUUGCGGUACCUCGCCCCUCCAUGCCAAAAUUAUCUUAGACAACUCACAAGAUGAGAAAAGCCACGGAUUCCCAAAUCCAGGCCAUCCCAGAGGACACGCAUAUCAUCCUGUUGGUUUUAGCAUUGUAAACUAUUCUCUAAAUUCUGUAAAAACAGGUUUUCCAUCACGAAAGGAUCAGGACUAUGUUACCCAUUUGGCCCUAACGACAGAACAAGCUCAGAAUGCAAUGGAUUACCUCAAUAAUGGUAAAAAUAUACUAAAUGUAAUAGUAACGCUAACUCCUGCCCAAUUAAAUAGUCCGAAAAAUUUGCCCAAAGUAGUAAAAUAUUCUAAUGGAGUGAAGAAAGCAACAGGUAACAUGAAAGAGGUAGUUUUAGUGUUAAGGCACCAUAAAGGUCAAAAUAAGAACCCAGACGCAGAUGUUUUUGUGCAAACCUGUUAUCCUACAAUGGAUUUUGAAAAAAAUAUAAAAAAAUAAGUCGAAU